UUUUUUGUCUGUGGUAAAAUUUGUUGCUUCACGUCAGCCAGUCGGCUGUAUUUUAAUUAUUUUUCAAAACAAAUACAGUGUUUUUAUAAUUUUAUUCAUUAAAAACAUAAAGUGUACCUAAAAUUAUGGAAUAUAUAGCGUCUGAAAAGGGAGAUUCAACAGAAAAUCGAGAUCCAAAUUCUUUAAUAUCAAAUGGAUCGUCAAAAGAUGUGGUAGAGAGCAAAUCAGAAGUUGAGAAGGAGAAUUCACAUAUGGAAGCUCCCACAGGGAGCGCCGCAUGCACGUCGGAGACGACUGAUGAAACCGAAUUCUGUGAGAUUCCGGAACAGGUCGAAUUUACCGUAGUUUUUAACAAGAAUAGGCAUGACAUUACAUUUGCGUACGAUGCGUCUGUGCUGGAUUUGAAGGCGCAUCUGGAGAGAAUAUGUGGAGUGCCACAAUCCGCACAGAAGCUCAUCAUCAAAGGGAUGGCCCGCGACACCAUGACAUUGAGGAAUGCUGGCAUUGUCAAAGGUGGGAAGGUGAUGCUUGUGGGUUCCAAAAUGGAUGACAUAUUGGCUGUGAAGAGUGCACCUAAGGAAAUAUUAGAAGAGAAAGCAAACAGCCAGUCAAGUAAAGAGCCUUUAUGCAUGCAGAAAAUCCACAGGAAAGUCUUAGAUAAGGGUGUCCCCCCUGAUGUAAUGCCAGGCAUCAAAGGAGUCAAGGAACCACUGCCUCCCAUACCCCUCAGUGGCAUGUUAAAUAAACAUGGUGGCAAAGUGAGGCUCACCUUCAAACCAGAGCAAGAUCAGCUUUGGAUCGGCACAAAAGAGCGCACUGAAAAACUGGCCAUGACCUCUAUCAAAAGUAUCACAUCUGAACCCAUAAAAGAACAUGAGGAAUAUCACAUCAUGGGACUUCAGCUAGGGCCUACCGCUGCCUCCAGGUAUUGGGUAUACUGGGUCCCGGCGCAGUAUAUAGAAGCUAUCAAAGAUGCCAUACUCGGAGUGUGGCAGUUCUUCUAAUCACUCAAUCAAUUCUCAGUCCAUUUGAUGUCUACCUUCCCAUUAAUGUAUUGGGUAGUUGCAAUAAAAUUUAUAAAUGUGUAUCAAAAUUCAUUUCUAUCUGGUACAAUGUAAUAGUACCAAUUCUUUUGUGAUAACAUUAUGCCAUGUCAAUUAAAAUUGUCCAUUCAAAUGCUGGCAUCUAUCUGGUCAUACGAGAAAUUAUUUAUUAUCAUUGUAAGUUUGCAUUUUGUGCAUUUGGGUUCAGUAAGCUGUAAAAUGUUGCUGAUCAAGUAAGAUUUCUAUGGAUGGUGUGACCUUGAACACAUGCAUUCACUGAGCUUAUUAAUUAUGUACCCUUCAAAUUUCAAACCUGAUCUCUCUAUGUGAACUUUACAAUACUGUCUGAGUGGAGGAUUGGUCAGGAUCAUAUUGCCCAGACUGACUUGACUGUCAAAUAUUUCAUAUUGAUGUUAGUGUAAUGUGAUUGUAGUGGAUCUAAAUUUACGUAUUUAAAUUAUUGAGCAAACUGGUAUUGAAACCAAUCCUUCACUACUGAAUACUUUUGAUCAUAGAAUUAGAUGAAUAAAAUGUUUUAAACAGGU